CUACAGGUAAUCCCUUAUCGGGAAACAUCCUCCUCCUUAGCCUAUUGGAUCUUUAUUUUUGACAUAGCUAGACAGUAGGUCUCUCCCUCAUAUGCUGACUUGUGACUCGUGAAAUCGCAAAGGGACAUUGGCUGGAGGCUAGACGCUAACAUAGACUCAUGAGUAAGCAUAUCAAAACUGUUUGCUGAUCUGAAGGGGGAUUAUAGACUGGGAGAACAGCGGAAGAUCUUCUCUCAUCCUUCCCUAAUAUCUCAUAAUAUUACGCAGCUUUAUGGUGCAUUUCUCUCUCUACAGUGGGAGUGUUUUCGUGCAGCAUUAGCCCAACAGAUCUUUUGUCACAGUGCGACCACCUGCGCUUGAAAACCGGCAAAGGCGGUGGCUGUCCAGGCGUGCGGAGCUGAAAAAAAAAAAAAAAAAAAGAUACAAGAAGCUGAGACUCUGAGCAUCUGUGCGCAGCUACUCCCCCAGAAACCUAACAGCCCCCCGCCUGCAAGGCAUGUCGACCGCCGGGGAAGUACCAGCCUUCUUCAAGAGCAUGGGCUCUGACAGCCCCGCCAGGCCGAGGCAGAAAUUCUGUGGCAUGUUCUGCCCGGUGGAAGGCUCCUCGGACAGCAAGACGCUGGACUUUGAUGCGCUCUCGGCGUGCAGGAGCAAGAGUGACGGGCGAGUCAUUGACCGGCAGACUGACAUCUCCCAGCCGAGGAAGGUGGAGAUACGGGAGAGCACAGGGAAAGAAGCUCUGCAGAACCUGGAUGAUAAAAAGAGUGAUCGUCUCCUGAUCAAAGGAGGGAAGAUCGUGAACGAUGACCAGUCCUUCUGUGCUGACAUCUAUAUGGAGGAUGGAGUCAUCAAACAAAUCGGGGAAAAUCUCAUCGUGCCCGGUGGGGUGAAAACCAUCGACGCGCACGGCCGCAUGUUGAUGCCGGGCGGCAUCGACGUGCACACGCGUUUCCAGAUGCCCGAUCGAGGCAUGGUGUCUGCCGAUGACUUCUACCAGGGCACCAAGGCUGCUCUGGCCGGAGGCAGCACCAUGAUCAUUGACCACGUGGUUCCCGAGCCUGGCGUCAGCCUCAUCGCAGCCUUCGAGCAGUGGCGUGAAUGGGCCGACAGCAAGUCGUGCUGCGACUACUCGCUGCAUGUCGACAUCACCGAGUGGCACAAAGGCAUCCAGGAAGACAUGGAGGCGCUCGUCAAGGAUCACGGUGUCAACUCUUUUCUGGUCUACCUGGCUUAUAAGGAUGUUUUCCAGCUUACGGACGCUCAGGUGUAUGAGGUGUUCAGUGUGAUCCGCGAUCUGGGAGCCAUCGCCCAGGUGCACGCUGAGAACGGAGACAUCAUAGCUGAGGAGCAGCACAGGAUGCUGGAGCAGGGGAUCACUGGUCCUGAGGGACACGUGUUGAGCCGUCCUGAGGAGGUGGAGGCGGAGGCUGUAAACCGCUCGGUGACUGUGGCUAAUCAGACCAACUGCCCUCUCUAUGUCACCAAGGUGAUGAGCAAGAGUGCUGCUGAUGUCAUCGCCCAGGCCAGGAAGAAGGGCACUGUGGUCUACGGAGAGCCAAUCACUGCAAGCCUGGGAACAGAUGGUUCUCACUAUUGGAGCAAGAACUGGGCCAAGGCAGCUGCCUAUGUCACCUCCCCUGCUCUGAGCCCCGACCCAACCACACCAGACUAUCUCAACUCCCUGCUCUCCUGUGGGGACCUGCAGGUGACAGGAAGUGCACAUUGUCCCUUCAACACUUCCCAGCGUGCUGUGGGCAAAGAUGACUUCAGCUUGAUUCCUGAAGGCGUCAACGGUACUGAGGAGAGGAUGUCUAUCAUCUGGGACAAGUGUGUGGUGACCGGUAAGAUGGACGAAAACCAGUUUGUGGCAGUGACCAGCACCAAUGCCGCCAAGAUCUUCAACCUGUACCCGCGCAAGGGUCGCAUCGCUGUCGGUUCAGACGCCGACCUGGUACUGUGGGACCCAGACGUCACGAAGAUUAUCUCUGCCAAGAGCCACAACUCGACUGUGGAGUACAACAUCUUUGAAGGCACAGAGGUGCGCGGCGGGCCUCUGGUGGUGAUCAGCCAGGGCAAGAUCGUCCUGGAGGAAGGGACCCUCCACACCACUGAGGGCUCGGGACGCUACGUGGCCCGCAAACCUUUCCCGGACUACGUCUACAAGAGGAUAAAAGCUCGCAGCAGGCUGGCUGAGCUGAGGGGUGUACCCAGAGGACUGUAUGACGGCCCGGUCUGCGAGGUGUCGGUGUCAGUCACCCCGAAAACCAUGACCCCUGCCUCCUCUGCCAAGACCUCACCUGCCAAGCAGCCCAACCAGCCUGUCCGUAACCUGCAUCAGUCUGGUUUCAGCUUAUCCGGCGCUCAGGUUGACGACAACAUUCCUCGCCGGAACACCCAGCGCAUCGUGGCGCCGCCAGGCGGCAGGGCCAACAUCACCAGCCUGGGUUAGAGCUCCGCCCUCGGCCGCCAGGGAGGAAACAAAGAUCGGAGGACGGACGGCAAACAGGAGCUGAAGGAUGGAGAAACCACGUCACGACACUGGGAGCCGAAACCCUUCGCAGCACCUGACCGGGCCAUCCAUCAGCCUCCGUCUUUCACCUCCUCCUUCGCCGCCUUUCACCUGCCCACUCUCCUCCUCCCCAAAACCCCAUCCUAGAGGACACAGUUAGAAAAAAAAGAAAAGAAAAAAAGGGUCUGCCUCAUAUGAUUAAAAAAAAAAAAAAAAAAAAAAAAAAAUGAAAAAAAAAUGAAAACACUCCUUAUUUGAGCACUUUUGACUGCAUUAUUUUUUUUUAUACCGUACUUUCUCCCUGCUAUGUAUCCUUUUUGAUGUUUGUUUUGCUGUUUUAAUAGAGCGGUCAAGUGGGACUAAAUUGAAUUAACAGUUAAGAGAAGAGGAACAUUUUCAUGCAGGAUGUCUAUUGCAUUUCCAUUCUUCCUUUUCAUUUUGGGGAGUAGUUUAAAUGGCGCAUGGGUACAAAACCAUUUGUUACCUUCUUUUCUUGCUUUUCUUAAAAAGGCCAAUUUGUAGGUUGCUUGAAAUUGAACCGUGUUACAGUUUAUUCAGCUGACAAGAAUAGAAUACUUCUUUCAAGCUCUCUGUGAUUUGUAUUAUGUUGCAUUUCAACUGCUUCACUUUCCAGUGCAUCGCCAUCCGUCACACACUGCUGUAAUCAAUAUACAAUUGAUUAUUCGCCAUGAGGACGGCCUUAAGGUUUGAAAAAUUAAACGCCACAAUCUUUUAUUAGGGUUAUCGACUCUGGCUGCACUGGCACUUGUCUCAUGCUUUCCCACCUGUGGCUUUGGUAAGGCACAUAAGUUGAAAACCAUAUUCCAUAUUUGGCAGCUGCCUUAGAGCUUGUUUAGCAGAAGGAGCUUUGGCAGGUAGUAAAUAGAGUGUAAUGCCUCAUCUCUGAGCGAUAGGCCAUUGUUAAGUGGGAGAGUUGAAGGAAAGAUUUAGGGAGGAAAGAGAAAGUUGUACUCACUGUCACUUCAAACUCACCCUUUCCUUGCCUUAUUGUCUCUUAAUGCCGUCCUAUUAGAGAACUUGUAGAGGUGCGGGGAAGGUGCCAUUCACUCUGCAGCUACAUAUUUUUCCGGUUUUGUUUGCAUUCCUGUGAAUCAUAAAGGUCCAUAAAGGUUUUCGAUUGACAGCUGUUAACUGAUAACCGUCCCAUCAACAACCAGUGCAUUUACAUACAGAAUGUUUCUCCUCCUCCAAACGUGACUGUUUUAUACUCAUCAAAAUCCCUCUUUCUUUUCUACUCUUUACGUGCCUGAACCCACAGAAGUUGUACUGAUAGUUUGGUUUGUUCUUGUUUUGUUAUUCUUAUUGAGGUAAGUGAAGGAUGUAAGAUAAAAAAGAGGAAGAUGUAAAAUAGCCAGGAUAAACCGAUUUCAAAGGUGCCAGAUUUUGCGCUUUCAUAGGGCCUAUUCUGCCGGUAGAGCCCCUGUAAAGACGGAAAAUGCUUGAUUAUCUUAAAAAUGUUCUAAUGUUUUAGAGUUUUUAAACUUGUCAAACUGCUUUUUAGUGUCAUUCUGUAACUAGGUGCCUAAGGGCUCAGCACUAUUGAUUUACGCUUGAAAGUAGAAAUGAGCUAAUGUAUUUCUGACUAGUGUGCAGUGUUGAUGUGAUGGAUGGGACACGCACAGCAGGCUCCUGUACAGCGCUCCUUAAUGUUGUUGACGUGACAUUGCUCCGGGCUGUGCUGAGCACUCAUACUUUUUUUUUUUUUGUUGCAUGAUCUGGUUUUCAUUAAGCCAAGCAACUGAUUUCCUGUGUUAGUUGUUAUGUCAACGAGGUCUUGGCCACCAGUCGUCUCUCUGCAGCCUUUUCCUUCCCCAUGACUCAACACGGAGCAACAAGUUCACCCUGACAUAAGGACCAGUUACAUAAGUGUAGAGUAAGACUAGUCUAUGCUUUAGACUGGUCUUCAAUUAUUUAGACUAGUCUAAUGUAGACCAUCCUGCAUUCAUAUUAACACCUACCUACCUACCUACUUGUUGCUGUAGCAGCACAUAAGAGCUAGCGUUAGCUUUAGUUAGCUGUGACAUUUAAGCUCAUUCAACUGGCCCCUGACUCCCUCACACAUACAUAUAAUGUAGAUACAUACAAACUACAUCACCUUUUGUGUUUGUGCUUUCAAACUCCAGUUUUUCAGGCUUUCUCUCCUCUGGUCUAACUGGAAGCAUGUAGAAGUCUGUCACCGUUCUGAAUGGUAUAUGUAUUUAAAGAAUCCAAAAGCAGGGGGAAUGAAAUGUGUCUGAAACAUUCAAAGAUGAGACAAGAUAGGAAUGGGAAAUGGAAACUCCAUCUCCACAGCAACUUGCGCACAUCACACAAAGCAGUGAGGAAUUUGACCCUGUGUGUCUGACGAGUGUUUCUUCCAUUCACAGUGGCCUACUGUUGCCUCUUUUCCUUUUUUUAUCCAUCCUUAUUAACAUUGCAUUGAUACUUGUAGCCCUCUCUUCUUAUAGACACACUCUACACUGUAUGACUCCCUCCUGUUACAUCAGGUGGGAAAGUAUGUGGUAGAAGAGAUGGGAGGUGAAGUCCUAAACACGAAUACUAAUUGGCAGCAAGCGUAGCUCUCUUGAGACAGUUUGCUCCUUGCAUUUUAGUAUUUUCCAUGUCACUCCUUCCUUUCAGUUUGUCUUUAUCUGCCUCUUCCUUUCAUUCCCCUCUCUCUCUUUCUUUCAUUCUUCCCCUCCCUCCCUCUCUGGCUCUUUUGUUGUUUCUGGCUGUUGCCGAGGCGACAGACCUCUCCACCCUCACAGGGUUCUGCUUUUUUGUUUGUCAUGGCAACGCUUGUCAGAUUGGAGGUUACUAAUAGCAACCCGUCCUGACCUGGUGCUAUUGGCACACACACACACACACACUUUUAUAAUUAUUCUGUAACAGCUCUGCACCAUUUCUACAUAAUCCUGUGCUAAAUUGCGUGGAAUCCAGAAUCCCCUGCUGCUUAAAAAGAAUUAUUAGAGUUGACCGCACACAACAGACUAUAGAAGAAACACACACACACACACACACUUUCACACACAUGCAUCAAACAGCCGUUGCUGUGAUGCAGCACCCAUGCCUGAAGAAUUGACAAAAAACAGCUUUCAACGCUGGCAUCCUCACCGUGUCCCAUGCCUCCUCGAUGUACACACACUAAAACACACACUUGUACUCCUUUAAUGCUCUUGUCAGCUUGGAUGCUUUUUCUCUGCCAUAUUAUGCUAAUGAUAUAUGAGUGAUAUGUAUGUACGCAACGUGCUGCAGGCUGAGAGGAGCUUCCUUCCGUUCUGAGGUUGUUGAUGCUGUUGAACACCUCCUUGCCCCCCUGAACCCUCUCGUCCCCCCUCUGUAAGCCUUUCCCCCUUGUGAAAGUGAAACUGUGUGAUGGUAUUUGUCUUGGUGGCUGUGGGGUUUCUGGGAUGCUUGCUCAUUAUGGAUAAAGUGUCAAAUCCCACGGAUGGUGAUGUAAAAAAAACAACAACAAAAAAUAAG